AACGGCAGGGCAGCUGCAAGUCAGGCGAAUAUAAGCGUGCGUUUUUUCCAGUUGAAAGAACGGAAUUUCAUUGUCAAAAUAUCAUUGAAAAAGAGAAAAAUGUCCGUUAUUGGAAAGCCAGUACUUUAUUCAUAUUGGAGGAGUUCUUGCUCAUGGAGAGUUAGAAUUGCUUUAAACCUCAAAGAGAUUCCUUAUGAUAUAAAACCAGUUAGUUUAGUGAAAAAUGGUGGCGAACAGCAUAGUAAUGAAUUCAGAGAGGUCAAUCCGAUGGAACAGGUCCCGGCCCUCCAUAUUGAUAAUCAUACAUUAAUUGAAUCUUUUAAUAUUUUACUCUACUUAGAAGAAACAAGACCACAUCGACCACUUAUGCCAGCAGAUCCAAUAAAAAGAGCAAGGGUUAGAGAAAUUUGCGAAGUUAUUUCUUCUGGAAUUCAACCCCUACAAAACUUAAUUGUUCUUAUUUAUGUUGGAGAAGAACGUAAGAAAGAAUGGGCUCAACAUUGGAUUACAAGAGGCUUUACCGCUGUGGAAAAGUUAUUAUCUUCUAGUGCUGGAAAAUAUUGCGUCGGGGAUGACAUAACUUUAGCCGAUUGUUGUUUAGUUCCGCAAAUAUUUAACGCACGAAGAUUUCACGUAGAUUUGAGGCCGUUUCCUACAAUUUUGCGCAUUGAUAGGCAUCUCGAAAAUCAUCCUGCUUUUACAGCAGCUCAUCCUAAUAAUCAGCCUGACUGCCCACCAGAGGCAACUAAAUAGCAAGCAAGACAGACCACUUUGUUUCUAUUCUAAUAUUUAAGAUUGGAAACAUAGUGGUCAAGUAAAUGUCGUGGCUAUUCUAUUUUGAUGAAAGAGCUACUACUGUAAUUUUUUAAGCACAUUUUUGACAAAUUUUUGAAAUGAAAUAUCUCUAAUGAUGUGAAAAUGAUGCAGUGAUGCCAUUUAAAUGCAAAUAAGUCUAUUAACUUCUGAAGCCACGACAUAUAAAAAUAAGAUCAACGUCGACAAAAGUUUUUAAAUAAUCCCAUUGUAUUAUUAUUUAUUUUGGUGAGAUUACAAUCAAUUGCCAAACUUUUUUUAAACUCUUUUAUGAUGCAGAUAAGAGCAAACUGUUAAAAACUGCUUUAAUGAGAAGUAGACUUAAAUCUUUUAAUUUUGUUAAUUUAUUUCAUAUCUUUAUUAUUUUAAAAUGAAUAUGUUCGCACGCAAAUAUUUUUUGUAAAUAGAUUUUGUUGGCCCUUCAUAGAACUUUUAUACCUUAGUUCCACCGAUAAGUUAUUUCUUUUUAAAUUUUCAUAAGGAAACAAAUGAUUUAUACCACUAAAAAUUUAAUUAAUUAUAAAAGCAUAUUUCGUUAGUUAUGAAAUAUGUAUGCUCAGAAGUAUACAAAUCGAAGCCAUGCUAAAAACUAAAAAUAUCAUUGAGAGUACAAACAAUUUUAUUAUUAUACAAAAAAUUAUCCGAAAUUUACGAAAAUAUUUUAACGAUUAAAACUUUUAUAAACCGUGUGAUAAAUACUAAAAAGACAAAUAAGAUUGUACAAAUGAGUGUAUACAUUAGAUGUAAUGAAUUGCAAUAAGUCAUUUUUAAAUGUACACAAAUUUAUAAUGUUUUUGAAUUUUGUGUUAAAAGCUUAAUCACGAAAUAGAGAAUAAUGUAGUUUUGAUAAGAAACCUUAUAACUCAACAGAUUAAAUCAAUAUUACUCGCCUUAUGUAAUGAAAAUAAUGAUGUUGUGAGAAAAAACAAUGACUGGUUUGAAUAUAUUUAUAAAUGCUUAAACAAUGUGCUCAGUCAAUGAUAAGUUAGCGGUGUCGUAUAACUUUUGCAAUUCAUUCGAAAAAGAAUCAAAUAAUAUGUGUGAUCGAAUAAAAAUGAAAUUGCGUUAAACAAAGCGUAUCUAGUGUGCGAUAAAAAUUAUCAUACCUAUGAGAAGUACUUCCAGAACUGGUCAGCCUAUAAACGUCUUAAACUUUUUUAGAGACGCAAUUACUAGGUAGUUUUUCUUUCAAUUAAUUGUAGAUUAUUAUUAUAAAUCGUUUAUGAUCAAUACUAACAUUUUUCAAACUAAAAAAACUAUCAAUAAGAAAAGAAUGCUCAAUUAUGGUAGUCAAAUAAACUCUUUGUAAUGUGUAACAAAUGGAGUUUCGAUUUGAUCAUUCUAUAAUGAAAAUUAAUAUCAUAGUACUUAUUUAAAUGUAAAAAUAAAAAAUUGUAUGUAUGAAAUAUUUGUAUGGCUUGCAGGAAAAAUAAAUUUGUGUUAUUAUAGCGCCAAUGCAUUUGAAUUGCUUUUAAUUUCAUUCAAACAACAGAUAUGUACAAUAAGCUAUUUCAUUUUUGAAAUGAAAUGUACUUAGUAAAUUUUUUCUACUUAUAAUAUAGUUCUAAAAUUAAAUCUAUAAU